UAGACUACCUAAUAUGGCCAAGGGAGUCGUUUCAUGGCACGCGGAUGUCGAGUUAAGCGGUCACAAAACUCGAGGCCAAGUCGUCCUUGAUCAUUUGCUAUCAAAUAAACCAAAUGUAAAUCUAAUAAACGAUUUUGACUCAGAGAUGUUUAAGGAGGUGUUGGUGAACGCGGUGUAUUCAAUAAAGGAAAAUAGAUGUGCUAAAGUGAUAGAGUGAUUAUACUAAUACAUGGAACGAAAAUCAACGAAGAAGAACAUCUUAUUGACAAGAGAGUAGAGAAUUUAUUUUUAAGAUCAUUAUCGAAGAAAUAAUGGAUUUAAUGGCUUUUGUGCCUUAUUCUAUGACAGCACCAAUUGUCCAGCCUGAGCCCUGCGUGGAACAUGUUUGCGAGGUAUCGCCGAAAGAAGAUCCAUUGAUGAAAAUGAUACCCGGAAGCUCCGUUUGGUCCAGGAUACGCCGUUGGUUGCUCGGAAUGCGAAUAAUAUCACGGCGGCAUCCGUUCACACAAUGGUGCCUGAAAAGUACUCGAGCGAUUGAUUACGAGAUCAACCACCAUCUCAAAUCCCAUCCCUAUAUGAUCCAUCCCUUCAGUUCCUUCAGAAUAUUUUGGGAGUCUGCCAUGACGCUAUUUAUCAUAGCUGUUCUGCUGAUCACACCGGUUUUUCUCACCUUCUAUUUUGAUGAACAUGCGAAAUGGUACAUCUUCAAUCAUGCAAUCGACGUCGUACUUAUAUGCGAUAUAAUAAUCUGGUUCUUCACCGGUCACUAUGAUUCUCGUACGCAAGUAGUGACUCUGGAUCCGAGAGUUGUAGCGAGCCAUUAUCUACGGGGCUUCUUCAUCGUGAAUGCGUUAUCUGUACUACCAUUGGAAUUUGUCAUCGUGCUGACCGACUCUAUGUGGUACCUGGCCUCAUUAAAUUUGCUGAAAAUACUGUGGAUACGGACCAUUAUUAUUUAUUCACGCAAACUCUAUCACGUUUACCGAAUUAAUUUUCAUCUGUACAAAAUAGCAGAGAUAGGCAUCGUUAUCAUUGUGGGCGUGCAUUGGGCUGCCUGUAUGGAGUAUUAUCUGCCGUUGGUAGUUGCCAAAAUAGCUGGGCAGAACGAUUUAUCAUGGAUCGAAUCACCUUAUAUGGAGAAGAGAGAAACGAAAUACAAGAUCUACCUGACGUGCAUUAAUCGAGCUAUCAUCGCCUUAAUUGGAGCUGCGCAAUAUUUAGACGUUAGCGCAUCGGAAGACAUCAUAUAUAAUUUAAUUUUGUCUAUCCUCGGGUUUAUCGGAUUUGUAUAUCUACUUGCGCGAAUCUUGCAAUUGAUGACAACAUUUCGUUCGACCACCAAGAGGCACUCGAAAUUAAUUCAGCAGCUGCAACAAUACAUGACGUAUAAAGAAUUACCGUAUUCCCUGCAGCGACGAUUGCUGAGCUAUUAUAAUUAUCGCAACAAAAAGGGAUUCGAGAGAGAUAAGAUAAUCAUCAAUCAUGUGUCCCCUUAUUUACGAGAGAAACUUCUUCUGCACAACUAUUCACGGUUGCUGAAUAACGUGAGGUUGUUUGGGCAUCUGCCGCAGCUAGUGGUAACGCAAUUGAUCGGUGUUGUGUGCUCCGAGAUCUUCAUGCCGAAUGACGCAUUGGUUAGAGCAGGAACUCGCGGCGACGCCUUGUACUUUAUCGCUUCCGGCACCGUAGCUGUCUACAAUAACAUUGGGAAAGAGAUCUACCACAUGGAGGACGACGAAUAUUUUGGCGAGCUGGCCCUAGUGAUGGAAGACGAGCACUGGAUCGCCAGUGUCAUCGCCGUCGAGAAUUGCGAAGUCUAUAUCUUGUCGCGCGCCGAUUUUCAAUAUACUGUGGCGGCUUAUCCCGAACUUCUCGCCCAUUUGCAGAACGUCGCUCUCGCACGACUGGAGCAGAUGCCACUGCUGAAGAAGAUCCAGGAGCCGGACGCAUCGUCGAUCGGAAACAUCAAUAUUAGCAGCAUAAAAGCUAAGAGGAGAGGCGAUAGUGUGGUAAGACUCGACGCAAAAUAGGUGUGCCGUUUAUACUCGUCAUACUUUUUGAUUUCGAAAUAGUUCUU